AUGGCUGAGACAACAGUGAAUAAGAAAACGGACUACAUUGUGCAUGUUAGAACAGGGGACCGGAAAAGGGCCGGCACCGAUGCCAACAUACGGAUUAUAUUCCAUGACAACCGCGGGAACAAGACGGACAAAAUUCGUCUGCAUAAUGUUUUCAAAAAUGAUUUUGAAUGCGGACAUAUUGACGAGUUUGUGAUUCAAAAACAAGCCGAACUCGAAACUAUUGAGAAAAUCGAGUUAUGGCGAGACAACUUUGGAUUUGGAAGCCGCUGGUACUGUGACUAUAUAAUUAUCAAGAAAAAGGGCUCUGACACAGAAUAUAGUUUCCCAAUUUACAGAUGGGUGAAAGCAGACGUACAUCAUUUCUUUCGUCUGCACGACACAAUGUUACCCCAGCAGGAUCCUAUGGCUGAGCAAAGAUGGAAGGAGAUGCAGAAGAAGCGAAAGAAAUACGAAGUUGCGCAAAAGGUUCCGGAUGGCCCUGCCCAGGUAAAGCUGUGA